AUGAGCACUUUGUUUUUCUUGAAUUUGCAAUCGAAAUGGCCCGAGGUUGAAGCGCGGCCGAAUCGCCGAGGAACGGUGGUGAAUGUGCCGGAAGUGCCGUUCCAUUAUCUUAUAUUGGGAGCUAUCAAUGACAUUGCUAAGAAUGACCCGGAACUGGUCGCUUUUGUAAGUUGUUGUAGGGCGGUGUUAGGGUAGAGUUUUGGUUGGGCUUGUUUAGUAGUUAAGGGUAGGGAAGGGAAAGGAAAGGAAAGAUAAGGAAAGGUAAGAUAAGGCAAGGUAAAGUAACAUAAGGUGAGGUAAGGUAAGGCAAGGUAACAGGUAAGUUAAGGUAAGGUAAAAGGUAUGUUAAAGUAAGGUAAAGUAAAAUAAGGUGAGGUAAGGUAAGGUAAGGGAAGGAGAAUAGGGUAGGGUAUAUUAAGGCCAAGCCAGGAGUAAAUUAAGCAAAGAAUAGAAAAGUUAUGACUAUACCUCAAAAUUUCAGAACCACUAUGACAACCCAGAUAUACCAAACAUAACUUAUGCUGAAGUCAAAUCACAAUGUCAAAAGUUGUCCAGGUUUUUCACACAUGAGAAGAUGCUACAUAAGGGGGAAGUGGCAGCGAUCUGCCUUCCAAAUUCAUAUCAUUUUGCUGUUUAUUUUCUUGGAGUAGCCUCGGUUGGAGGUGUGACUACUGGUUUUAGUCAUAAGGCUAAGCCUUGUAAGUUUUAAAAAUUAAAGUUUAAAUUUUAUAUAUUUUUUGGAACUUUUUCAAGGUUGUCUUUUCAGCUGACUGGGUAUACCAACUAAACAACUCAGAAUCCAGAGUUUUAUUGACCAACAAACACGUUUUUAAAAACUUGCGGAAAGUAUUUGGACAACUUCGAUAUCUAAAGGUAAAAUAUGGCGUAUUACAUUUUACUUCACUAUUUCUAACGUCUUUUUUACUAGACCUUAAAGGGGCCUACUAGGUGGGCCGAAGCAAACUUGACAGGGACCAGGCUAGGUUUUUUAAACGAAAUUUAAAUUUUUUUAUAAAAUAUGUUUUAGAACGUAAUAUUACUGGACGCAGAACCUGAUGAAGUUAUAACUCAACCACGGUUGAAAAUCAAAUCUUGGUAUGAUGUUUUACAAGCACCAGCUGAGUUCAACAUAUUGUAAGUGAAAAAAUAAUAGAGUAGCGGAAGGGUAGAGUAGGGUAGAAUAGAUCAGAGUAAACUAGUGUAUGGGUAUGAUCAAGAAUCAAGAAGGGUAGGGUAGGGAAAGGAAGAAUAGGUCAUGGUAGAGUAGAGUAAGGAUAUGGUUUGGCUUUCCAUAUGUCUUAUAUUAAACUUUUUCUAUAGUUUUACCGUAGCUCUAUUUUAGUCUUCCCUGAGAUGUUAACUAACACAGCCUUGUCUUAGGGUUUGCCUAGCUUGAAGUUAGCUUUUUUAAUGUUAUCCUAGCUUUAUUCUAACCUUGCUCUAGCCCACGUUACACUACUAUACGUUUUCUUAUAUCAAACUCCAAAACAAGACUGAUAACUUUCAGAAAAGUAAAAAUAGAUCCAAAAGAAGACCUACUAGUUCUGCCAUAUUCAAGUGGAACAACUGGGAGACCGAAAGGGGUGAUGAUUACUCACUACAACUAUGUGGCACAAGUUAUAUCUUACAAGGUGUAAGUUGUAAUAGUUUGUUUGUGAUUUUCGGUUUAUAACUGUUUUACUUGCAAUAGGUUAUGAUAUAGUUAUGUGAUGGUUAAUAAUUUGAUAUUCUUUUUUAAACAUCAUGUUUUUCAGAUUCACCGAGACUCAAAUAUCAGUGCAUUUAAAGAAUUUUGGGUUGGAUUUUAAUGCGCCAACGUUUUCCUUACUGUUCAGUCCGUUUUAUCAUGCCAUGGGCUUCUUUUUACUGUGUGCUCACUUAUAUCGAGGACAUACUAUGAUCAUCUUUGCUAAUUUAAAAAUGGAACGGUUUUUACAGGCUAUCACGGAGUUCAAAGUAAGAAUAUAACUUUUGUUGAUUUUGUAAGGUAAGGUGCGGGCAUGGUGGAUGGUUUUGGAGGGAGGAUAAACUAGAAGGUAAGGAAAACAGGCAAGAAAAGUAAAGGAGGAUGGGUAAGAUUAUUUUAAAGUAAAAAACGAUGGACAGGGCCGGGCGCUGGGGGGGGUGAUCGAGGGGGAAUCUUCUCCCCCUCCCCUUUUUUUGACUCCCGCCCCCAGACCAAAAGUCCCCGCCCGGCACUAGGCAUGGGAGUUUUGUAGAAAGCUGGACGUUUAGGGUUGGGUAAGAUAGAGUAGAAUGAGGGAAGGUUAGGUAAGAUUAGGGCUUGAAAAAAACAGGAAGGGGCAAAGCAGGGUGAGGUAGCGUAGGAUAAGGUAGGGUAAGGUAAAGUAGGGUAGGGUAGGGUAGGGUAGGGUAAGGUAGGGUAGGGUAGGGUAGGGUAGGGUAGGGUAGGGUAGGGUAGGGUAGGGUAGGGUAGGGUAGGGUAGGGUAGGGUACGGUAGGGUAGGGUAGGAGAGGGUGGGGUAGGAUAGGGUAGGGUGUGGCCUUUCAUACUAGGCUAUGCUAACAUUUGGCUUAUAUUUUUAUUUUUUAGCCCAGAAUAGUCUCUAUGGUGCCCUCAAUGUUUUCCUUCUUUAUAAAAUCACCACUACUCGACAAGUACGAUGUGAGUAGUAUAUUGAACUUUGGUUGUGGAGGAUCAGCGUUGACGGCCGAGCUGAGUGAAGCUUUCUAUCGAAAAUUUCCGAAUUGUAAAAUCAUAAAUCAAGCUUAUGGGUUGACGGAAAUGACAUGUGCCAUAGCUUCGAGUCCUUUCAAUGCAAAGGUUGGCAGUGCUGGAAUUAUACUGCCUAAUAUUAGUUAUAGGGUGGGUUUUUGAAAUCGGUUUUUUUUUAUUUUUUAAGUUAUUGUUAGGUUUUUCACAUAAUUCUGUGCCUCUUCUUAAAUUUAAUAUUGUAGGAUUAGGGGCUAAAAAUUUUUUGAACAACCUAAAAUUUGUCAUUUAAAAAAAUUUUGUUUUUUUCGAAUAAUUUUUGAAAUUUUAUGUUUUUUAAAAACGUUUCGAAAUUAAAAAAAUUUAUAUUUCAGAUAGUCCACCCAAAAACAAAAAAAGAGUGUGGGCAUCAAGAACCAGGUGAAUUGUGGUGUAGAGGACCAACAAUGAUGAAAGGUUAUUGGAAGAACACUAGAGAUACCAAGGCUACUAUUACCAAGGAUGGCUGGCUUAAAACAGGUAUUUUUUAGCCCAGAGCCCUAUUUCAGAGCCCUAGCCCACAGCCCUAGCCCAGAGCCCUGGCCGACAGCCCUAGCCCAGAGCCUUAGCCCAGAGUUCUAGCCCCGAGCCCUAGCCCAGAGCCCCAGCCCAGAGCCCUAGCCCAGAGCCCUAGCCCAGAGUCUUAGUCCAGAGCCCUAGCUCAGAUCCCUAGCCCUAGCUCUGGUAUUAGUCCUAGCUUUAGCCGUGAUUUUAGUUUUAGUCCUAGCCCCAGCCAUAUCCCGAAGCCCUAGCCUUGCUUUUAGCCUUAGCCGUGAUGCUAGGUCUUGACUAGUUUUGCUCUAAAUUAGCACUGCCUUAGUUUUGGGCUCAUUUUUAGACUUUGCCUUAGCUUUGUAUCAGCCUUAUCCUUAUAUCUAGCAAAGUUUACUAAAGCAAUACCCUUAGCCUAAUCCUAACUGAAUUUCACUCUGCUACAACUUCCAGGCGACCUAGUAGCCGAAGCCGAGGACGGUCAACUCUUCAUCGUCGGCCGCCUAAAAGAGCUUAUAAAAGUAAACGCAUUUCAAGUGGCACCAGCUGAGUUAGAAGAUCUUAUUCAUCAACACCCACUGGUCGAAGAUGUAGCUGUAAUAGGAGUACCAGACCCAGUAUUGGGGGAGAAACCUCGUGCUUAUAUAAUACGAAAAAGUGAAAAACUGAAGCCACAAGAAGUGUUCGACUAUGUAGCUGAAAGAGUAACGCCUUAUAAGAAACUGGUUGGUGGUGUUGAGUUCGUAGAGAAGAUACCUCGAAAUGAAAGUGGCAAGAUCAUGAGGAGAAUGUUUUUGGCUAGUUACAUGGUCAAUCAUAAGCCUAAAUUGUAA